AUAAAACAAACACGAGGUAGAACAAUUCAAGGCAAGAAUAAUUAGUAAUGGAGCAGAUUGUUAUGAGGAUGAGAGAGAAGCAUUUUAUGCUGUUUGUGUUAUUUCUUUGCUUAUUACCAAUCUGUACCUCAUCAUCCCCAUCUCCACCCCAUUCUUACAACCCUACCCAAAACCCGGUCGCCAAGAAGCAUUUCGUGCUGGUUCACGGAGCCAGUCACGGGGCAUGGUGUUGGUACAAGGUGGCAACUCUGCUGAAACAGUCAGGCCACAACGUUACCACUCUGGACCUUGCAGCAUCUGGAAUUGACCCAACUCAGAUACAACAAGUUCGUUCUUUCGCGGUUUACGUUGAACCGUUGACGAAUUUCAUGGAGUCUCUCCCGCCAAAGGAGAGGGUUGUUCUGGUUGGCCACAGCUUGGGUGGAGUAGCCUUAUCUAUUGCCAUGGAGAGGUUCCCUCAGAAAAUUUCUGUUGCGGUUUUUGCCACCGCUGCCAUGCCUGGUCCUGAUAUCAGUUUGUUGACUAUACUUCAAGAGAUUAGCAGUCAUUUGGAUUUUAUGGACUCUCAAUAUAGAUUUGAUGAUGGCGCCACGAAACCAGCAACCUCGGCACUCUUGGGGCCGAAGGUGCUAACCUCAUCGUUCUACCAGCUAUCGCCACCAGAGAUAAACAAACGAUUGAAUUAUAUGGAUUCUGAAUAUAGAUAUGAUAACGGGACCAAUAAUUCUGCAACCUCCUUUCGCUUUGGGCCUAGGGUCUUGGCAGCAAGCUUGUACCAGCUAUCUCCACAGGAUUUAACACUAGGGUUGUCAUUGGUGAGAUUUUCUCCUCUAUACAACUACGAUCUUAUAAAACUCACUGAGGAGAAAUAUGGAUCGGUUCCGAGAAUAUUCAUCGUGGCUGGUCAAGACCAUGCAAUAGUUUUAGACGUGCAAAAUUUCAUGAUCAAGAAUAAUCCACCAAAUGAAGUGAAAGUGAUCAAUGGUGCCGAUCACAUGGUCAUGCUAUCUAGACCCGUGGAGCUCUUCUCCCACCUCCAGAACAUUGCUGAGAAAUAUUCUUAAGAAGGAGCAUCUUGCAAACUACCAUAAGCCCAUAAUUUCCUAAGAAAAUAAAACCAUUAGCUCGGUUGGUGUCAAUUCUUAUAUAUAUCCAAGAGUUUGUAUACCAAUUAGCAAAGUGCCAUUUCAACAAAAUGAUAAGAGUGUGUGAAAUAUCAUAGUGGACAAUU